AUCUCUCUCCUGGGUUUUCAAUUUCUCUCCAGAGGUCAUUUUCUCUCUACCCAACCGUCGGCAUCCUUCCAUUUCCUCCACCCAGAGGGAGUUAGAGUUUCGGCUCCUCCCUCCCUCCUCUUAUCCGGCCAAUGCCGGAGUUGUCCAUAGAGUUUUUUUUUUCGUUGUUUUCCGUCUGUAACACCAAGAUGCGUUGAUCUACUGCCUACCAGCCACCUAUAACCACCACACACCUCGUCAGCAGACUCUCCAGUCGCUGAUCUGUUAGACGGUAAAAGAAAACUGCUCAAAAGAGCGGCACGUGAGUCUCAUGCGUGGCUCAUACCACGUGUGCGUUUCACACGCCGCCACGCCAGAGAGAGUCUGCUUCCGUCAUGCACGGCACCACUGAGAUUAGUGGUUUCAGAUCUCUCAAAUCUGACCACCGCCUUAUUUCCUAGACUGGAGCGUGAACCACACGCGCCACCACAAACAGUGAAGGUCCUAUGUCGACGUAUCGAUGCAUCCUCCGGUUGCUACGUUCCUAUGUUCCCACUUUUCCUAACCAAGGAUCAAGUGAAAGUCUCUUCCAGCCAGUCCAGACCAACAAGAUUCUUCAGGAGAUUGUGCCAUUAAAUGCUGGGAAUAUUUUUGGUGCUGAAGAUAAUCGUCCAGUUCCAAGGUGGGAAAACAUUAUCCGCGAAACACUGAAUCGAAUUCGGCCAAAGGCAACCACAAUAAAAUCUUUUAGUGAUCCCCCAUCUCCAUCAAAAUUUAGGCCAUCUGAUGAUAUCCCAGAUAUAGAAGAGGAGAUGUUGCUUGAAAGUGAUAGUGAUGUAGGUGAGGAAGUUCAUCCAUUGAAUGAAGAACCCAAUGAUUUUGAUGGAGGUAAGGACAGACCAAUCACGGAUCAGCAAAACAAAUGUUUGAGUUUUGGAGUUUCAGACUGUCCUGGAAGUGUCAAAUUAGGCUUGCCAGGAGAAGAGUUACAGAGGCAAUUUUCUUCUCCAAAGAGAUUGGAUAGAUUAAAUUGUUUGCGGACAGAACAAUCAGAAGAUCAUGUGGAAACAUCAGUUUCCCAAAAUAGUGGCAAAUUAACCAGAAUGCUUAGUGGAUGUGAAAGAAUUGGUUUGAGUUGGCCAGAGCCUCCAUUAAACUUGCUAUCUCAAUGUGUAUUAGAGAGACCAAACUCCUUUAGAUCGAUUAGAUCUUUUAGAGCAUCCCAGUCUUUCAGGACAUAUGGUUCUUUCAAGUCAACAAAAAAUGAAGUGCCUUCACAGAUGGCAUUGCUGGCAGAAAUUGACCUCGAAUCUCUCUUGAAGAGGAAACGAAGAUCAUCCUAUGUGAGGAUAGUAAGUAAGCAGAUGGUUGGGAUUUUCCUCACAAUAUGGGUCCGUAGGAGCUUGCGUAGACAUAUUCAGAACUUGAAGGUGUCUACUGUUGGUGUCGGUGUCAUGGGCUACAUUGGAAACAAGGGAUCAAUAUCUGUCAGCAUGUCCAUACAUCAGACCCUUUUUUGUUUUAUAUGUACUCACCUGACAUCAGGUGAAAAAGAGGGAGAUGAACUAAAAAGAAAUGCUGAUGUGCGUGAAAUACAUCGGAGAACACAUUUUCAUUCGAUUUCUGAUAUUCGACUUCCCAGGACAAUCAAUGAUCAUGAAAGAAUAAUUUGGUUGGGGGAUCUCAAUUACCGUAUAAACCUGUCUUACGAGAAAACAAGAGAAUUUAUCUCCAAAAAGGAGUGGUCCAAGUUGGUUGAGAAAGACCAGCUUGUACGAGAGCUUAAAAAGGGUCGUGCAUUUGAUGGAUGGUCUGAGGGCACUUUAAAUUUUCCACCGACAUAUAAAUAUGAGAUCAAUUCAGAGAAUUACUAUGGAGAGGAUCCAAAGGCUGGGAGGCGUACACCAGCAUGGUGUGAUCGUAUUCUUUCAUAUGGUAAGGGGAUGAGGCUACUGAGUUACAGGAGGACUGAGCUUAAACUUUCAGAUCACCGACCUGUGACAGCCACUUAUAUGGCUGAUGUUGAGGUGUUUUCUCAUAGGAAACUACAGAAGGCACUUACAUUAACUGAUGCAGAGACUGAAAGUGAAGAUGUUAUAGCAAAUAUGGGUAUUGAUGUUGGAAUGAGCUGCUUAAGAUUUGGAGAGGACAUACCUGAUAGGGAUCGUUAAGGCUGAAUUUCACAACCAUGGAGUGGUUUUGGGUGAGAGCUCCUGCAACUUAUGGAAUUCCCAAUACAAUUACUAUAUUUCUCAUGGCUUCUUUCAAAAUUUGUCUUUGAUAUUGUAUAUAAUAUAUUGCAGUUGCAGUUAGCAUGUAAUGCUCUUAGCUAUAGGGUUUUUUUCCAAUAGCUCUUAUAGAGCAUGCUAAUUCUAAAGGCCGGAUCACACAAGGGGAUUAGGGUAAAUACUAAAUAGUGUGUAUUGGAGAGAACAGCUAUAGAGCAGAAUGCUUUCUCUAGUUGGUUAGAAACUGAAUAUUGUAAAACAUAGUUGAUGCCUAUUUUCAUGAGAUAGUGCUAUA